AUGGCAGCUUAUAAAGCUGUUAAGGAAGAUCACAUGCCAGUAGACAGGGCGGCUGUGACAUUUGGUGUUCCAAAACAAACAUUAAGGGACAGAGUUCUGAACAAAGUGAAUCUAAGAGCAAAGUGGGGAAAGGAUUCGUUGUUCACAUUGGACAAAGAGGAGCAGCUGGUAAACCAUCUUGAAUCCCUGGCCCAGGUUGGGUAUGUUGUGAAUCGCGCAAAAGUGAAUGUUCUUGCCAUUGAACUUGCUGUAAAGCUUGGUAGGCGUAAUUCAGAUGACAAGCUGAGUAAUUUCUGGUACUACGCCUUCCUGAAAAGAUGGGAUCACAGACUGAAGGUCAUCAAACCAAGGGCCCUAUCAUCCACUCCGGCAGCAGCAAUGACCCAAGAAAACAUUGACGAUUACUAUUCUGAUUUGAAUGCUGUUCUUGAAAAGUAUAAUCUCAAGUCAAAACCACAUCUGAUCUACAACCUUGAUGAGACCGGAAUUCAACUGAGACCAGUAAUUACAAAAAUUUCGACUAGUAAAAUAAUAUCAGUUACAUUUCCAAAUACAGGCACCAUUGCCAUAGUAGCCUGUGUAAAUGCAGCAGGUACUGCUCUACCACCCUACUAUGUAUUUGAAGGGAAACAUAGUGAGACAAACGACAACUUCAUGAAUAACGCAACAGCUGGUUCAGCCUACACAAUGUCAGACUCUGGGUGUGUGAAUAGUGAGGUUUUCAUGAAGUACCUCAAUGAACACUUCUUGAAAUUUGUACAAAGGGGAUCUAGUGACAACACUGAACCCAUCUUGUUGAUUUAUGAUGGUCAUUCAUCACAUGUGUCGCUUGACGUUGUACAGUGGGCCAAAGAGCACCAUCUGAUCCUUUUUGUACUCCCACCACACAGCCCACAUGCUCUUCAACCGUUAGACAUAGCAUGCUUUGGGCCAUUUAAGACCGCUUUCCAUAGGGAGUGCAAAUUAUAUAUGGAAAAAGAAACUUUAACAAAGGGUAGAAUAAUAACGAAGUAUAAAAUUGCAGAGUUAUCAGGGAAAGCAUACUUAGAGUCAAUGACACCAGUCACAAUCCAGGAAGGUUUCAGAAAAGCCGGAAUAUCACCGUUUGAUGCAAACAUGUCCCUAUUGAGAGAGUUAAUCCAAAAGAAGACAUGCAACACGGAAAUUUCGAGCAUGACAAUGCAAAAACAGAGAUAA